CCUUCAACCUUACGCCUGUGCAAACCGUGCAAACGCGGAAAAGCUGUACGGCAGCCAACAGUCUGAAAAUUCUAUUUAAGCAGAGCAAACUUCUUUCAUGCAGUGGCCUGUGAAAAAGUUGGUUCUAAAAUCUGUAUGUGUGUGUGAGAGAGGGCUACUAACGUGAUUGUGUGUGUAAGUGCAACGCCGCGCUAAGCAAAAAAUAAAAAAUGGCAAGUGCAUAAAUAGUUUUGAAAGCCAACGGUAUCGAAAUGUGCAUUAAUUUAGUGUAACUAAUUAAUUGAAUACUAAGUCGUACGUACUAAUUUACAUAUCUGAAAAAUCAAAGUGAGAGUGCAUCAAUUUUAUAGAAGAUAAAUCGAUCCAACGCAAACGUCGGCGUCGGCAGUGUCCCUAUACAAAAGCCCAAGGCAACCGAAGGCCUCGUCAUCGUCCAAACACACAUAUAUGUACACACGCUGAAGAGCGAGCUGUGGGUGUUGUGGGCGUUUGAGUGCUGUAAUCAGCUGUGAGGAGGCCAAAGUAAAAGCGCAGAGAAAGAAGCUGCUGCAUAAUCAUAUUCAAAAGCCAAAAAGCCCCGACGCUAUACUUAGAAAAUAUAUUUCGAAAUUGUCGCCAGUUGCAGCAGCAGGUGACGCAUUAGCAUUGACGUCAGCGGUAUCACUACGCCUAGGAUCUGCAGUAAAAGUUACCACUAAAUUUAUGCUUUAUAUCGUCACAUCGAGACGUCGGUUAAAGUGCAAUAGCAACAGCAGCUGAGAGGCGACAAAUUACAACAGCACGUCAAAAUGUUAUUUGCCGCUGCCGCCGCCUCAGCCUCUGCCAGUGCCAAUAAGACUGUGCCAGCAGCGCUGCAGGAUCAUCAGCGUAUAGCAGGCACAGCCAAAGCAGGCAAAUCAAUCCCAUCCACAGUUGCUGCACCAGCCAAAGUCGAGCUAAUGGAGGCCAUGAAGAAACUGGACGCUAAUCUGGUGGCGCUAUUCGCCACGGCCGCUGAGCCCUCUCUAGAGCAGCUAAAGCAGCAGAAGAAGCAGCAGCCGCAGCUAUGGUCUGACGGGGAAUUGCCAUUGAUCACGGCCAGCCCGGAGCAGGCUACACCGGAGCUGUUCCAGAACGUUAAUACGCUGCAGCUGCACUUGGAGGCAUUGACCUUGCAGGCGGAGGGCACCAAGCGCAUGGAACUGCUGCAAAACGAAGUGCGUCCCAUUUUCACUGUCGAGUGUCAGCUGUCCAAAGAUUUGAUUCAGACUGUACCAAGUGCUUCCAUGCAUCAAUUCAUGCUAUUCGAGUCGGAGAAGUUCCAAAGCUUGACGCAGUGCACCCGUUUCGGUCAGACGCAGCAGCGCCAGGUGCGCUUGCCUGCCUUGGGCGCCAACGAGGAUAUGGGCAGCGUUCAUUUUGUAAUCUGGUGGCGUGAGCCUGGCACUUGCCUCAACGAGAUGCUCGGCAUGGGUAUCCUGCCGCUCUCCGAGCUCUAUGAAGCCUCACUGCUGGAGCAGUGCAAGUGCAUUAUGGUACAGCGUCGCAAUCAGCAUUUGGCUAGCUUGUAUGUCAAGAUCAGUCUGCAAGCCAAGUCCUUGGCCAAUGAGAAUUCGGCUGAGAACUCUACCACCAACAACAAGAACAACAAGACCAACAAUCACAACACGGCUGCCGCAGCCAGCAACGAGAGCAACAACAAUCUUAACGCCAAGGCCUGCACCACGACCUCGCUAAGCAACAACAACGAUAACAGGAAAGUCUCAUUAGACAGCCUGGACUUUAUGGCGGAGACAAACAAGGUGCGCCUGCUGCGUGGCUAUAUCUAUGCCAGCGAGACACGUCAGCUCAGCGUGGAGCAUCAAAAUGCCUGCCAGGAGCUGCUGCUGCAACCAUUUUGGCAAACCGAGCCGCUUAGCGUCAAGAUGAAUGCCCACGGCUGCUUUCAGCUGCAGGAGCAGUUUGCCAUAAUCAAUGAUGAGAAGUUUCUGCAUAGCAUGGAGCGUCAGCAGCUGCAGCUGGAGCUGCAUCCACUAGGUGGCCAAGUGAAGCUGCCACUGCAUCAGUUUUUCAUAGCAUACAGAGAUGCCAGCAUUACCAAUCAUUUGUGCAAGGGCAAGCUGCCUGUUAUAUCCAUAGACGGCUGGACGCCCAUACUGCACGCCGAGAGUCAAAAGCAGCUGGGAGAGCUUAAGGUGCUGCUGGCCAUAGGCAGCGAAACGCAAAUAACACAGCUCAAGCAGCAACGUGGCUUCCAGCCGGAGCCGCAACGUACGACAGAUUUGCUGGACAUGCUGCAGACUGCACUGACUGCACCCGCCGGCGUCUCCUCCGUUUUGCCCACAGUAGCAGCUGCAGCAAAGCCACAUGCAGCUGAUGGCGUCUUUAGCUUUAGUCUGCAUAUUGUAGGCGCUGCCGGCUUGCCUUUAAACCCGGCCUAUGGCAAAAGCGGUAAAAAGCAGGCCAAGCGUCAAGCGGCAGCCAAACGAUUCCCACCCAAUGAGCCGCCCAAUACAUAUGUAAGCUUUCAGGCACAAAGCUGCAAUGCACAGACCUACAAAUCGCACGAAGGUGCAGUCUAUGCCACGCACAUUGUGGAACGCUCCACCACGCCACAGUGGCACAGCAAGUUCCAGGUGACAGUCAGCGCUGAUUAUUUAAGCAACCCACAAAAGCUAUUCAUACUUAAGCUUUGGAAGAAAACCGCUUUGAGUGCAGGCACGGAGCCAACGCCUUUGGAGGAUGCCAUAAUUGGCUUUGCCGCAUUGAAUCUGAAUCAAACCAGCGCUGGCAGCUUGCCCAGCGGCUGGCACAACAUUGUGGACUUUAAUGGGCGUGUCACUGGCGGCUUGGAGCUGCAUGUGCAAGCUCUAAGCAGCAGCAGCUCCAGUGCCAGCGCAGGCACAGACACUGCUAAUGUAGACAAUGCCAUCGAACACUUUGAGCAGUCCUUGGAGCUGCGUCAUUUGCAGCUGGGUCAGGCCAUUAAACGCAAGUUCACGGAACUGGAGCAAAUCUCGCAAAGACUGCGCACGCGUUUGGUGGAUGUCACUGGCGAAACAUUGCAGUCGCCACAAUUUGAUAUAGCUGCUGCCUUGGACAAUUGGCAGCCGGAUGAACUACAGCAUGUGGAUGAUGAUGAGCUGGCGGCAGAUUUUGAGCGCGCCUUGCGUACGCCGACGCCAGAGGCAACAGCGGAAGUCAAGCUCGAACCCACAUGCAACGCACAAAGCGGCGCCGAUGCUGGACAGGAAUAGCCCAGGCUGCAGCCCAAGCAAUUAGCACAUAUAUUUAGUCAAAGGCGUUUUAUUCUCUCUCUCAAUGUGUACGCAACAGGCUCAAACGUAGUUAUAUGAUAUUUACCCAAACCCAUUGAUAUAUACUUAGCCUAUAUAAAUGUAGCUAUAUCUUAGCAAUUGCUGUACUUAAAUUUCUGGCAAACAAUUUGCCACAAAACAAAGCAAAGAUUUACUCAAUUAUAGCAACAAAUCAAAGCUCACAAACGAUCACCAGGCGAUCGUUUGCGCAAAAGCUGCGUUAUUCCUUUUUAAAUUUGGAAGAAAAAAACAAAAUAAAAAGAUUGUACCCAUUUGGUAAUAUAUGCCACAUAUAUGUA